AUGUUUGCCCAAUCCGAGAGCGAAGAGCUGCUGCACCUGCUGUCGCAGGUGCGCCUUGUGGCGGACGAGGAAGAGCGUAACGAGCAAGAGCAGCAUCAGCACGAAAAACUGGAGCAGCGGCAUCGCCCAAGCAUCGACGGUGACCACACGAUACCGGUGCAUACUUCUGCUGCCGGCACAACAGCGGGGGUACUUGACAAGCGGAUAAGCAAUGGCAGCUCGGCGAGCAUCGCCAGUGGCGCCGGCGGCUCUGCUGCGGGACGAUACACCGCCUCCUCCACCGCAGCCGUCACGAGCAGCUGGACUGUGCAUGAUAACACGGACAGCACCUUUGGCAUCAACACUGCAGCGGCGAGCAACAGCUUUCUCGCCGACUACGAGCACCGCCGCGCGAACCCGUUUGACCAGCCGCCGGUGAGUCGCACCCCGGCCACAGAUGUGAAGGUGCUGCUGCAGCCGUCGGACGAGCGUGCAAGGUGCAUCGAGGUGGACUUGGCCGACCAAGGCGAUGGCUACAAUAUAUUCCAGCAGCCGAAGCAGCUCCUCUUCGCCUUCCCAUCAGCAGCGGCUCAGAUAUUGACUGGGCAGCAGCAGCAGCGGCGGUGUCUCGAGCAGCUGCAGCAGCAGAGAUCAUUGCCGCUAGUGACGCACGCGCGCCAGUCCAUGCCUUCCCCCCACGCAUACAACGUUUACACUGCAUCCGUGAGCACGGCAGCCAGAACGACGACACCGCACUCGAUCGACGAUGCAGCGCCGAUCUUGCCGGUUGCGGUCGAGCGUGAAGGCAGCGGUUACCCCGGUGCGGCGGCGGAUAGUGCGAUACUUCGAGACACCCCCUCACCGGCUGUCACCUCAUCGGUACCAUCCGCCUACACCAAGCGUGAUGACAAGGCGGUGGCGGAAGGAGUGCUAGAGGGUAUCUCACACAUUGCAGCUGUGAUGCAGAACGAUGGUUUCGACAGGGAUUGCGAGGAGGAGUUUGGCCGCACCAGUGGUGGCGGGGGUGGCGGUGACCGGCUAUCGGAUGUCUGGACGCCCGCGCGCAGUAUCGGCACGCCGCAGUCGGCGCUAGAUGGCUCUAACCGAUCGCUACGCCUGUUUCACCUGCAGCAGCAGCAGCAGCAGCAGUCGCAUCAGCACCUUCACCAGCACCACACCACACCGUCCUCUCCGUCUUCCGCGGCUGAGGCUGCUGUCGCGCAGUUCUUUCGUGUAAGCAGCAGCGCCGAUGUCAUGGACAACGGUGGCCUCGACAGCGCGUGGCGAGCGAAUGUUGAGGCGGAGCUCGCGGAGCUCCAGCGCGGUGGACGGUUGUCCGUGAACGGCGCGGUGGUGCAGGGAACGCCGAUCUCGACGGUCUCGCCGCUUCCACCAACGUCGACCACACCGUAUCACCAGCUGCUCAGCCAACUCCGGCAGAGCCCGUCACAGGUGCCGGCGAGUGGGCUCGGGCCUGCCAACGCUGCCUUCACGGGCAGAACGGCGCACGCGAAUACGCCGCCGGAGCAACGCCCGCUAACAUCAUCCUCACGCCUGGCCAGCAUGGGGCCGACACCGCUCUACACAGCCCACAUCACGAGCAUACCGCGAGCUUCCUCCGCAGCAGCAGCCGCUGGCGCAUCGACGGAGCAGGGCCGCAGCAGCUGGCCGCGCUCCAGCCUCACCCCGUCCGAGGCGGCAGCUUUGUGGGAGCGCCUAAGUCCGUAUGAGAGAGCCGCCGCAGCAGCGGCAGCAGCAAGCUCGAACGCAGUCUCCGUCGCCGCAGCAGCGGCGCUGCUCCACACCCCUGACACGGUGUCGAAGCCAGUCACACUCUCCUCGAUUGCUGCCCACCUUCACAGCGGUGUUGGCGAUCUGGGUAGCUCGGACGAAAUGGGCGGAGCGCACGCGCACGCGGGCCAUCCUUCUCGCACCUAUGCGUCCCCACCAACGUUUACCACGGCCCCGAUGCGGGUGCCCCGCCCAGCCAGCGCGGCACAGCUUUUCCCACCAUCGUCACCAUCUCAGCCCAACUCUACAUCGCCAGCUACGGCCGGCACAGACGUCUCACCGCACCACGGCUGGCAACAAAGUCACAGCAACCACCGGCAGGGGCAGUAUUCGCAGACAGCAUCACCUCGCACGAGUGCAACGACGGUGAUGGCCCUGCCACCACCGCCACCUGCGUCGACGCCGUCACUGGCGACAGCAGCAGCAGCAGCAGCAGGACCGUACAAAUCCCAGCAGAACCAUUUGCAGACGCCUUCGAUGCGCCGUUGGAGCCCCGUCGAUGCUCCUCCAUCGACCACCGGUGCCGGUCCAGUCGCUGGUAACGCACACAACACCAACUCACCUCCUUCCUGCAGUAUGCGUCCGUCACCGCACCCUCGUCCGUCCAACGGCAGCUCGCCGGCGCUGCGGCGAUACACCAUCACCACUCCCAGCAGCAACGCGACGACUGCGACAGCCGCCAACAACAACAACACAAACAGCGGCGGCAAGAAGCGCGUGGAUGGGAGCCGUCUCGGGGUCAGCGGUGCAUCGGUCGCUGACAGAGGAGCGUCGCGCGAGGCGCGGCCACGUGUGCAGCUCUCACAGACGUCCUGCUCGACUGGUGUCGGUGCCGCGGUCUGCGGCGGUGCUCGUGGGGCCCGCGGCUCGCUGAGCGCAUCUGCACACGGCGCUGGCAGUGGUGCGAGCCCGAGCUCACCUUCAUACCACUACAACCACAGCAAUCACGCCGGCCACCACCUGAACAGCCCCUCGAACUCCGCAGGCGCAACCACCGGGACCGGGGCGUCCAUGGUGUCGGCCGCCGCCGUCCAAGCACUCAUCCAGCGCCUACAGGCAGCCGCGGCAAUCGUGCUGCCCAACUCGCCGUCCGCGUCGUCCGCUGUGACGGGUGGCGGGCAGAUGUCGUUCACGGCGGAGGAAAGCAGCGUCGUCAGCGUCACCGCCGUGCCGGACGUUGUCUCGGCGUCGAUUAUACUCGCCAUGUCGCACGAUCAGCACGGCUGCCGGCUUCUGCAGGCAGUGAUCGACGCCGAGUGCAACGAGAGCGAGGCGCUCGACGGAGGACACGGCGAGCUCGCGGCAGACGAUGCCGCCGCCGCAGUGUCGCCGUCGAUGACAGCCGGGGCGAGUGCUGGAGAGAAGAAGGGCAGCGUCAGCGAGCGCCGCCGCCGUCGUCGCGCCGAAGCCUUCGAGAACUCCAUCCCCGUUCGCGUCGUUCUGCGAGCAAUCGAGCCCAAGCUGGACGCCGUCAUGGCCGACGGGUACGGCAACUUCCUCCUCCAAAAAGUGUUCGACAUGGCGCCUGAUGCGGAGCGCCAACGGCUGCUGCGGCUGCCGUCGCUGCAACAUCACCUGUGUGAGGUCGCCUGCUCCCCCCAUGGCACCUUCGCCGUGCAGCGGCUCGUCGAGACGGUUCGCAACACGGAAGAGGAACGCCUCGUUUUCGUCGCUCUGGAGCGUGAUCUGCUGCGCCUGCUGACGAACGCGAACGGUGGCCACGUGCUGAUGAAGGUGAUGGAGUGCAUCCGGCGCCAGUAUAACGCCUUGGCAUCUGGCGCGAGCAGUGCGGCAGAGCCGUCAUCCGCAUCCAUGGCGGCGCCGGGCGAAAGCAGCACCGCACCAUCGCGCCGCCUGCUCGAGGAAAGGGUGGCGACACUUUUUCAGGCGAUUCAGCAGCAUUUGCUGUACGUCUGCCAGCACAAGCAGGGCUGCUGCAUUGUCCAGAAGUGCCUGGACUUCCUUCACGCGUGCGCUGGAUUAUCGCCGUCGUCGCCAUCAUCCUCUGGCGCGAUGGAGCAGAUGGACUAUUUUGAGCGCAUGGCAGCGCUUCUCCUUCCCCACGUGCAGGAGCUCUCCACUCACCCGUUUGGCAACUACGUCGUGACGCGCCUCGUGGACGUCUGCUACGCGCGCGGCAGCACCGCCACCAUCGACGCCGUGGCGGCCGGCAUGCAGCGGGACUUGGUGCAGAUGUGCACGAACAAGUUUGCAUCGAACGUGAUCGAGCACAUUUUGCGCCACUGCAGCGAGCGGCGUAUUCGCCUCAUCUGCCAGUCGCUGAUGGUGCCCCUCCCCCACCCCUCUGCGCCAGCGGUGUACGCCUCUGCCUCGACAGCGGCGGCCACAAACGCCGCCAUCGCUCGGCUGCCGUUGACCACCGUUGUCAUGGACCCCUACGGCAACUAUGUGAUCCAGACGCUGCUGACGGUGGCGCCGGUGGACGAGCUGGUGAGCACGCGCGCAGAAGGAGGCGGCAUGCUAUCCGUGCUUCAGCAGCUUCUCCCGCUGCUGAGCUCGCGCAACUACGGCCGGAAGCUGGAGACGAAGACGGAGCUCGCCUUGCUGAGGGUGGAGCAGCAACAACAGCAGCAGAAGCAGCGCCGCAGUUGA